CUGACUUACGCAAAUUAGAGAGUUGAGAACGAUUGAACUUUGAAGACCUGCGAAGUGCGAACUGCGGUCUGCGAAGGAGCCUGCCACGAGGAAUCGAGGAUGAAGGAGUUGUGAACCUGCGUGAACAUUAGCCGCGCCGCCUACGUCGUCCGCCGUCCGCCCACCGCUGUCUGCCUGUCCCUGUCCGCCUCUGGCCCUAUGCGGCUCUGCGCCUCCCUCCAGCCCACCCCAUUGGGACUUUCUGGAUCCUCCCUUGCGAGCUCCGACGCCUCACAGCGAGCUAGCGACGCCCUCCAGCCUGCCACCGCGCAACCACGUCCCUUCUCAAGCCUUUAAAAUCACGAGCGCACCGUCCGUCCAAACGGGUGCACGACACCCUACCAGUCCGACAGUCCACCUUCCCUGGGACGGUCUCCAUUUUCUCAGGACCGGCCCUGACAGAGGCUGUAGAAAGAUGAGUUUGGAUUGUUCUCUCAAACCUUGAUGGUGGAAGAGGAGAUUCCCGUCGACGAACUAUCCUUAACGAUCACAAGAUGGACAUAAGACGAAUUCGAAUUCCCAAAGCCACUGCAUUGUUGUUUCCCACGAAACGUCCCUUAGCUUGCGUCAUCUCCACAGCUUCCUCAGACUCCCCUGCUCAGGCACUGUCAUCAUCAAGGCCGAGGAGAGCAGUUAAUCCUAAACCGCCACCGCCACCUGGACAACAGCCAGUGUUGGACCGGCGGUGGCUAACAUCCCUGCUAUCGAGGCCCCAUUUGGAAUACUCUGAUUGUAAACAGCUUAUAAGGCAGUUGACUCCUUCUCAGUUUGAUGUCUUGUUCUCCGGUCUAUCUCCUUCCUCUCUAAUCCCCUCAACUACUCUCAAAUUCUUCUACAUUGCCUCAAGUUCUUGUGGUUUUCAGUUCAGUGUGAAAUCCUAUUGCAACUUGCUUCGCUUGCUUGUUGCUUCCAACUUGGAAAUGCCUGCUCGGUUGCUUCUGAUAAGAUUAAUGGAUGGGAAGUUACCUACCUUGUUUGCUAACCCUGAUAAAAAACACGUUGAGAUUGCCAUCACAUUAGUGGAUUUAAGCGGUGUUCCAGCAUUGUGUAACACUGUUGGGAUAUAUGAUUUAUUUCUUCAUGUUUGUUGUACCCAAUUCAAGAAUGCUGGGUUUAGUAUAGCAUUAGAUGCCUUUCAGAUUUUUGCAGGUAAUGGUUUCUUUCCUUCAAUAAAGACUUGUAGUUUUCUGUUGAACUCUCUUGUAAAGGCUAACGAGCUUCACAAAAGCUACCAGGUAUUAGAUACCUUGAUCCAGCGUGUUAUUCCUGACGUAUACUUUUUCAGCAUUGCCAUAAAUGCUUUGUGUAAAGGAGGGAAGGUCGAGGAAGCAAAGCAAUUGUUUGUAAAGAUGGGGGAAAUCGGUGUUACUCCCAAUGUUUUUGUUUAUAACAACCUUAUCAACGGGCUUUGCAAGAAUGGGGAAUUGGAGGAGGCUUUUAAACUAAAAGAAGAAAUGAUACGCAAUGGUGGCAAAGCAAGUUUAGUAACAUAUGGUAUACUUAUUAAUUGUCUUAUGAAACUUGAGAAGUACUAUGAGGCAUGUAACCUUUUGCAUGAAUUGUAUGAGAAUGGCCUGUUUCCAAAUGAGGUCAUCUUUAAUACAAUGAUUGAUGGAUAUUGCAAAAUGGGAAACCUUGAUGAUGCACUUAGGAUGAAAGAUGAAAUGGUCAGGCAAGGGUUGGUACCAAAUUCAGUCACUUGUAACACCUUAAUAAAAGGGUUCUGUAACAAGGGUCAAAUCGACAAAGCUGAACUUCUCUUAGAGAAUAUGUUGUCAAAGGGUCUUUCUGUUAAUCUUGCUUCAUUUACAUUGCUUAUUUCUACUCUUUGCUCAAAUUCAAGAUUUGAAUCUGCAUUACACCUUACUAGGGAAAUGGUAUUAAGAAAUUUAAAGCCAAACGAUGGCUUAUUGACCACAUUGGUUGGUGGCCUUUGCAAGGAUCUUAGAAAACAUUCUGAUGCAGUCGACCUUUGGUUUUUUCUUCUAAAUAGGGGGCUCGUGCCUAAUACUGUGACAUCAAAUGCCCUCAUUCAUUGCCUUUGUGAAUCCGGUAACAAGCAAAAGGCAUUUUUGCUUCUUAAAGUGAUGUUAGAGAGACACUUGCCAGUUGAUGUGAUUACAUAUAAUACACUAAUAUGUGCAUGUUGCAAAGAGGGAGAUUUGGACAUUGCCUUCAAGUUGAGAGACGAUAUGAUUAGCCAAAGAAUUUUCCCAGACAUUUCCACAUUCAAUUUACUUCUCCAUGCACUUUUCACUAUGCAUAAGACAGAUGAAGCCUUGGUGCUUUGGAAUGAAUGCCUGAACAACAAGGGUCUUGUAUGCGAUGUUCAUACAUAUGGUGUCCUGAUUAAUGGGCUAUGUAAAUCCGGACUGGUUGAGAAGGGUAGGUAUUUUUUCGAAGAAAUGAUCAAGAAGGGAAUCCCACCAAAUUCUGUUGUUUAUAAUAUGCUUAUCUGGGCUUAUAGCAGAGAUGGACAUUUGACAGAAGCACUUGAGCUUUCUCGUGAGAUGAGAAGUAAUAAUUAUCAGUCAACAGCUGUCACCUAUUCUUCCCUUAUUCAUGGAAUGUGCAAUGUCAGUCAACUUGAUGAAGCAAGACGUCUCAUUGAUGAUAUGAGGAAGGAAGGGGUUUUGCCAGAUGUUAUUUGUUACACUGCACUAAUAGGUGGUUUCUGUAAGAUGGGGUUGAUGGAUGAAGUUAGAAGUAUCUUGGAGGAAAUGCAUUCUUCAGAUAUACAGGCUAAUAAGAUCACUUACACCCUAAUUAUAGAUGGAUAUGGUAGAUCUGGCAAGACUAAGGAAGCUACAAUGUAUUUUGCCGAGAUGGUAAAAAAGGGAAUAUCUCCAGAUACUGUCACUUAUAAUGCUUUAUCAAAGGGGUUUUACAAGGAAGGGAAUAUUGAAUCCGUUUUUGGAUUGGUUGAUGAUAUGUUUCAUGCUGGACUGGGCCCAGAUGAAGUUUCUUAUACUUCUUUGAUUAACUGGUUGCCACAUUCAUCAGCUGUGUCCCACGAAGAAUGACUACUAUGGAGCAAAAGCUUUGAAGUGUUCUUCUAGCAAGGUUUACUGAAUUUGUUGUUCAUGAGGAGUUUUGCUGCGGUAGGAGUGGAUCCUGCUGUUAUGGGAAUAGGCCCAGCUGUAGCAAUUCCAGCUGCCGUAAAAUCUGCUGGUCUGGAACUGAUUGAUAUUGGUUUAUUUGAAAUCAACGAGACAUUUGCAUCUGAAUAUGUAUAUUGUCAAAAGAAGCUGAAUCUGGAUCCUGAGAAGGUGAAUGUCAAUGGAGGUGCAAUUGCUCUUGGCCACCCUUUGUGAGCAACAGGUGCACGUUGUGUUGCUACAUUACUCCAUGAGAUGAAGCGUCGCGGAAGAGGUUGUCGAUUUGGUGUUAUAUCAAUGUGCAUAGGUUCAGGGAUGGGUGCUGCUGCGGUUUUUGAAAGAGGGGAUUAAGUUGAUGGUGUCUCCAAUGCAAGUGCGGUGAUCGCAAGAAGCAACUUGCUCUCCGAGGCUGCGUAAAUGUUCCAUUGUGAGGGUAAAAGCCAGCAUUUAUGUCAUUCACCAUGAAGAGAACAAGGGCCAUUCCAAACUGAAUCUUAUUUGUUCAAUGCUUCAUUUGUUGGAUGGGGAUGAUUGGAUGAAGGCACUUUGCAGAUUAUCAGAAAGUUGGGCAAGGUGGAUGUAUACGUAGAAAUGGUGUCUGUUAGUAAUUCUUGUUUCAUCAGAGAGCUUCUGAUUCUAAAACCACAUCACCAGACACCAGCUGAAUCAAAACUAGUAAAUGAUGAUGAGCCUUCACGUCCUACUAAUGACUGGCCUAGUGACCUUCAAGGAGAGAAUUUCGAAGUCGGAGAAUAUGAAGAUCCUACCGGAUUCAAUAGCAAUCGACGGGCCUUUCUCUUCAUUACACUUGAGCUUGUACAAACGUUUAUACUCACUAGCAGAAUCAAUGAUAUGUUAAGGUGUUAUUUAGUGCAUGAUAUGCUUUGCUUCAUAUGCAAUGAUAUGUUAAGGUGUUAUAUACUUGUUUUUUAGUUGCAUUCCACAUAAUGACUUUCUUUUUUACGUUAAGGCAUGUCAUUAUAAUUCGAUGAUGAUUGGAAAAAAUCGCAAUUUUCUAAAAGAAUGUACCCCGUAAUUACUUCGUAUUUAGCUUCCCAUGCAACGAUAGUAUGUUUUUUUAAUGGCCCUGUUUGCUACUCUUUCUGUCCCAACUCCCAAGUUAAAUGUUGUUUCUAUUUCUUACUGUCUCAAAGUAUCUUUCAUUUUAAAAUUAAUGAAAAUUUGUUCUAAUGACCUUAAUUCUGUCCAUAUAACCUCUUCUGACGUUAAAUGUAAUUAUUGUAGAGUGAAUUUAUCGUUGCAUCAGAUACGGAAUUGAAGAGUUAUUUUUUUGUAGCUCACUUUAUAAAACAUCAAUAAAAAGUACAGAAUAAUAAUUUUGGAGUUAAUAUAUAUCUCAUCUUCAUUAGACUUCAUAGAAUAAUAAUAAUACUAUUAAUAAUGUGUCGUUUCUCCAAGUAGUAGUAAUAAUAAUAAUAAUAAUAAUAAUAAUAAUAAUAAUAAUAAUAAUAAUAAUAAUGUGUCGUUGACAAAAAAAAAACAAAUCAAACUGGAAGCAAUGAUUAAAAUUUAAAAGGUUAUUCCUAGUAUCACACUGUCACCAAAUUUAUCUUCAUCUCUUUUCUUGUUUCACAUCAACUAUUUAUUUGCGACCGCUGACCGCCCAUAGCUUAUAAUCUAAUAAUCAUUCUACAUUUCAGGCUUUAGAAAAGUUGUCGGGAAAAAAUCUCUACCGUAUGGAGCGAUGUUACUAUCACUGGGGAUGGACCCGGUUCGGGCCUUGAACCGGCCGGGCCUCGAUUCAAGGAAGGCUUCCAAGAGGCUUAGCAGCAAAAGAAAUGAUAUUCCCCUCCCAGAUGAUCGUCAUCAAACCAAGCCUGAGAGCAAAAAGAAGCCUACUGGAGAAGCGACAAAUCCGAAAAGCGGCACCAAUAUUGCAGCCCAAACAUUUACCUUCAGAGAGCUGGCAGCUGCCACCAAGAACUUCCGGCAAGAAUGCCUGAUUGGUGAAGGCGGAUUUGGCCGCGUUUACAAAGGUCGCUUGGAGACAACUGGCCAGAUUGUAGCAGUCAAACAACUGGACCGGAAUGGGAUGCAAGGAAACAAAGAGUUUCUGGUUGAGGUGUUCAUGUUGAGCCUUCUACACCAUCCGAACCUCGUGAGCUUAAUCGGGUAUUGUGCUGAUGGAGACCAAAGACUUCUGGUAUAUGAGUACAUGCCCCUGGGCUGUCUUGAAGACCAUUUACUUGAUCUUCAUCCAAACCAAGCUGUAUUGGAUUGGUCAAAGAGGAUGAAAAUUGCGUUACACGCAGCCAGAGGCCUGGAAUAUUUGCACGAAAAGGCUAACCCGCCGGUGAUUUAUCGCGAUUUGAAGUCUUCAAACAUAUUACUAGACAAGGAGUUCAAUGGAAAGCUUUCUGAUUUCGGGUUGGCUAAGGUUGGACCUGUAGGAGAUAACUCUCAUGUUUCUUCAAGAAUAAUGGGAACAUAUGGUUAUUGUGCUCCUGAGUAUCAAAGAACGGGUCAUCUAAGUGUCAAGUCGGAUGUUUAUAGCUUUGGUGUUGUUUUGUUGGAGUUAAUCACAGGAAAGAGAGCAGUAGAUCCUAUGAGAAAAGGUCAUGAGCAAUUGUUGGUUGCUUGGGCGGAGCCUUUGUUUAGAGACCAUAACAGGAUAUUUGAACUUCUUGAUCCACCUUUAAAAGGAAACAUACCAAAGAAGAGUUUUAGGCAGGUGGCUGCAAUAGCUUCAAUGUGCCUGGAAGAAGAUCCUGAAGUAAGGCCAUUGAUGACAGAUGUAGUAAAUGCUUUGAGUCAUCUUACAGAAGGGCUGCAAAGUGGAUCAGACGAUUCUCCGGUGGAGCCUCGGUCAGAGAAUGAGAAUCAUGACAAUGGAGUAUCCGCAGAAGAACGCCAGAAAGCAGUUGCAGAGGCUAUAGAGUGGGGUGCAAAUUCAAGAAACCACAAUGAAUGACUGACUACUCACUCUUCUUAACCCUUGAAUAUAUGUUCUCUGGGAUUUUCCUAAUUUGGAUGGAAAGUACUAAAAGAGCAUUUUCCUAUUGUAAAUAUGAACAUUUUCUUUUGUUUGUCCAUCACUCUCAUCUAGAGCCUUAUUACGCCUGAAGCACCAUAAAUUUGAAACAUGACUUUAUUUUUGUAUUAAAAAGCUGUGCAAA